AUGGAUCCACUUUCUGCAAAAAUCUCACUCCUAACGGUCCAUAAUCAUUUCUGGUUUGUUCAUCGGGGCAAAGCUAGGAAGUCUCCGCCACACCUGUUGCCACAGCCUACAGACUCCCUAGCUUCCUCCCCAGCCAACAGACUCCCUCCCUUCCUCCCCACCCUAGACUCCCUACCUUCCUCCCCAGCCUACCUUUCUCCCCACCCUACAGACUCCCUACCUUCCUCCCCAGCCUACAGACUCCCUACCUUCCUCCCCAGCCUACAGACUCACCUACCUUCCUCCCCAGCCUACAGACUCCCUCCCUUCCUCCCCACCCUACAGACUCCCUACCUUCCUCCCCAGCCUACAGACUCCCUACCUUCCUCCCCAGCCUACAGACUCUCUACCUUCCUCCCCAGCCUACAGAGUCCUACCUUCCUCCCUAGCCUACAGACUCCCUACCUUCCUCCCCAGCCUACAGACUCCUACCUUCCUCCCCAGCCUACAGACUCCCUACCUUCCUCCCCAGCCUACAGACUCCCUACCUUCCUCCCCAGCCUACAGACUCCUACCUUCCUCCCCAGCCUACAGACUCCCUACCUUCCUCCCCAGCCUACAGACUCCCUACCUUCCUCCCCAGCCUACAGACCCCCUACCUUCCUCCCCACCCUACAGACUCCCUACCUUCCUCCCCAGCCUACAGACUCCCUACCUUCCUCCCCAGCCUACAGACUCUCUACCUUCCUCCCCAGCCUACAGACUCCCUACCUUCCUCCCCAGCCUACAGACUCCCUACCUUCCUCCCCAGCCUACAGACUCCCUACCUUCCUCCCCAGCCUACAGACUCCCUACCUUCCUCCCCAGCCUACAGAGUCCUACCUUCCUCCCCAGCCUACAGACUCCUACCUUCCUCCCCAGCCUACAGACUCCCUACCUUCCUCCCCAGCCUACAGACCCCCUACCUUCCUCCCCAGCCUACAGACUCCCUACCUUCCUCCCCAGCCUACAGAGUCCUACCUUCCUCCCCAGCCUACAGACUCCUACCUUCCUCCCCAGCCUACAGACUCCCUACCUUCCUCCCCAGCCUACAGACCCCCUACCUUCCUCCCCAGCCUACAGACUCCCUACCUUCCUCCCCAGCCUACAGACUCCCUACCUUCCUCCCCAGUCUACAGACUCCCUACCUUCCUCCCCAGCCUACAGACCCCCUACCUUCCUCCCCAGCCUACAGACUCUCUACCUUCCUCCCCAGCCUACAGACUCCCUACCUUCCUCUCCACCCUACAGACUCCCUACCUUCCUCCCCAGCCUACCUUCCUCCCCACCCUACAGACUCCCUACCUUCCUCCCCAGCCUACCUUUCUCCCCACCCUACAGACUCCCUACCUUCCUCCCCAGCCUACAGACUCCCUACCUUCCUCCCCAGCCUACAGACUCCUACCUUCCUCACCUACAGACUAG